AUGGCUUCAGCAAUGUUGAAAUCAUUUUAUAUAAUUUUAAUUAUAUUCUCUGCUGUUAUUGUUUGUUCAAAAUGUGCAUUUCUCAUUAAUGGUUUAAUUUCAGUGCUAUUUUAUUUGUUGUCCGGGCAAGGUCACCGGUAUGAUAUUGGGUGGUUUUUAACAGAGACAUCACCACAUAUGUGGGCUGGGCUGGGAGUUGCAGCGUCACUGUCUCUUUCCGUUUUGGGCGCUGGCUGGGGCAUAUUUUCAACUGGCGCAUCCAUCCUUGGAGGUGGUGUAAAAGCUCCUCGUAUUAGAACGAAGAAUUUAGUUUCAAUUAUCUUUUGUGAAGCAGUUGCAAUUUUUGGCAUUAUCAUGGCUCUGGUUUUUGUUGGACUAAUGCAACCGUUCAAUCGAAGUGGUGCUAGCGAAGAAGUUAUUGCUAGAAAUUUGGCUGCUGGAUAUAUGAUUUUCGGUGGUGGACUUACCGUUGGGUUUAGUAAUUUAGUUUGUGGCUUAUCCAUCGGCAUAGUUGGAAGUGGUGCAGCUCUUGCUGAUGCUGCUAAUCCGUCUCUUUUUGUCAAAAUUCUUAUCAUUGAAAUUUUUGCUUCGGCAAUAGGGCUUUUUGGUAUGAUUGUCGGCAUUGUUCAGACCAACAAAGCAGCUAUGGGCAAUUAG